AAAAACCCUUGAGCUAUCAAUGCACCAGCUCCGCACGGGGUCUGUAUGAUUAAAACUUAUUGUCGCUUUCAACCGGCCUCUUGAUGUCUCUUGGAAGGCAGCGGGCCAAUGGGGAAGGAGGAAAGGAGAGCUGGGAACGUCACGAGGCCAAGUUGAGACGAUGAUUGGACGGCGCGGAGAGGUGAACACUUACUGCGCUUUUAUAGACGACCCCAUCUAGUGAGUUUAGCUACUGGGCAAUAUUCUGACAGCGCGAGGACAGCACCGGACACCAUACUCUCGCACGCGAUCCGAUUCCCCUGAGCUGGCCAGGCGGAGGUGUAUGGCCCCGUAUCCCUUUGAGAUGAAUCCCGUUGGCCUACCGGGGUCUCCGUCCCACGAGAUUAAACUCCACCAGAAAGAAGAGUCGGAUAUGGAGGGUGAGGAGCUUCAACCCAAAGACAUGACAACCGACAAAGGAUACAAAAUGAAGACGAGCAGUCUUCCAUUCAGCGUCGAAUCAUUGAUUUCCAAGAACACAACCUGCAGGAAUUACUAUUCUUCUCCCUCCUCGGAAUCGGGUCUACUUCAACCGAAGCCUGUGACGGCGGCGGUGCAGAGCACCGAACAGUUUUCUCCAAGGACUUUUUACGCAGAGAGGAAAGUUUCCCCGGAAAGUUCGCAGAGCGUGUCGGACUGUCAGAAUGAGGACAAUCCAGAUUUUUGUGAGAAAGACCAGAGCACUUGGUUCCAGACUUCAUCUUUCUCGACUCCCCCUCGUAAGUCCCUCCUUCCAGAGUUCUUGGCUGUCAAUGCUUUGGUCAACUAAUUAGGCCAACUAUUCCCUAUUGUUUGUCUAUAAUAAUAAUAAUAAUAAUAAUAAUAUAGUAGUAGUAGUAGUAGUAGUCAUAUUAUUAGCAGUAGUAUUAUUCAUAGUUUUUCUAUUAUUAGUCUAUUAUUGAUGUUGUCCUAUUUAUUAGAUCUUUAUUACCUCACAUAUUAGAUCGUUAUAAGCCUACUUCACAUCUGUUGUCAUCACUGUGGUCGUGCCUGUCUAUCCAAAAAUCAAUAGAAUUUGCCUCGAAAUGUCCCUAUAACAGUCUACAUAUUACAAUGUUAUUUCAGAGUAGCCUGAUAGGUCUAAACUGGUGCACCAUUAGACAAAGUUCCUGUCUAUUCCGAAGUUUGUCAUAGGCCUAUUUUGGAAUUGGGAAAUUGGUAGGCCUACCCAUUAAAAUCCAUGGUGCAGGUAUAAACCUUAUGUCAAAGUCCUUAAAUGCGUACGUUGUUUGGUGAGACUAAUUAUGAUGAAAAAAAUCAUGUUUUAUUGUCACAAGGUGCAGUGAAAUGUGUUGUAUUAAAGGGUCAGCUGUUCCUUCCGAGUUUUCCAUUUAAUAACAAUACCUUUUCAUGUAUUUGUCCCUCCAGGAAGCUUAAGUCCACCUCCAUGUCCUUUAAGGAAACAUAAAAACAACCGAAAACCUCGAACGCCCUUCACUACCUCCCAGCUGCUCGCUCUGGAAAGGAAGUUCCGACAAAAGCAGUACCUCUCCAUUGCGGAGCGAGCCGAAUUCUCCAACUCCCUCAAUUUGACCGAGACCCAGGUCAAAAUCUGGUUCCAAAACAGGAGGGCUAAAGCCAAGAGACUUCAGGAGGCCGAGUUGGAAAAGUACAAACUGGCGUCGAAACCCAUGCUACCUGCCUUUGCUCUGCCAUUCCCCCUGGGAGCGCACAUGGGCUCUCCAUCUCUCUACGGACAUUCUAACGCCUACCCCAGGCACACUUUACCUGUUCCGGGACUCUUCGGUGGACCUGUCACCUAUGGAAUGUAUUAUUUGUCUUGACUUAGAUUGUGUAUUUACAUUUGAGAGAAAAUUAUAUGUCAUUUAUGUCUUCAAAUAUGGUUGCAACACUUAACUUUACCCCCUGUCUGAAACAUGGAUAUAUUUUUCCAGAAAGCCAUCAUUUCCCAGAAAGCCCAUAGGCCUAUAUUUGUCUAAGCGACAGAGAUCAUUUUAAGAUAUAUGUUGUAUACGCUCAUUAAAGUCAAAUAGGUCCAAUACUUGUGGGACAUGUUCUCACGCCUAGAUAUUCUUAGCCUAAUGUUGGCCACAUUCGUUUUGGAAAAGGUGAUUGCAAGAUCAUUUUAUAACAAAGGCCUAUAGGCCUUAUUUUGUAUAUUUCUGAUAGCGAUUUCUGAUAGUUGAGCAAUUAUCAAUGGCCAAGUUGGUAAUGCUCGUGAGGCCUUAAAACACAACCCGUUUGCCACUUGCAACUAACAGCAUGUGUGUAAUUGAUCACUAGACCUAUAUAUUUUUGUAUCCAUUUCGAUUAUACACAAAGGGGGGCAUUAACAUUACAUUUAUGUAAUUUUAACAGGCCUAGACAACGUCAAUAUCAUGGUGCGUAAAAUAUAGCCCUGUGCGCCAUGCAACGAAAAAGUACUUAAAACAGCCUUAUUGAAAGUGCCUUAAAAUACCAACUAGGCCUAUCUUGAGCUCUCGGAAAGCUGACUUGAACUGUAAAAUGUCUGUCAUUUGUUUAAUUUGUUCAAUAUUGACGAUUUUUCAUAUUCAAUUGUCCGUGCAUACAAUUAUGGAACAUUAUGAAUGUGUACAUUUGCCGCAUUUAUUUCCAGUUGCAAGCUCUGUAAAUCCGGUGUUCUUUUCAUGGAGUGAAAUAUUACUGUAGAAAACAAAUGUGCAUAAACAAUUUGUACUUUUUUACUAUUAGAGACCUUAAGACCAAUUACAAAUGGGAUAUUUGUAUGAUAUAAAAUUGAUUUUAUUUUCAAGAAAUAUAAAUAAAUCAUUGUAAAUUAUAGUGUUCACGUGUCCUGCAACUCUGAUGGAAGAACACGCAGGAAUAUUGGUAUUUAUAAAAUAUCUCUGUAUCUGUACUGUGUACAUACAUGGUCUUAUUUUAAUUAUUCAGUUAUAUCUGUAAAAACUGAGCUCAGUAAAUAAACAUUAUAAUUUAAACUUC